AUGAGUUCCAGCGGGGGAGAUGCGAAACUGUUCGCUAGGGGCAAAGUCGCCGAGUUGCGACAGGAGCUUAACAGCGGCGGCAAGAAGGAUAAGAACUUCUCGGCCAAGAAGAUUGCUCUGAAGAAGAUCGUCGCCAAUAUGACCAUGAGCAACAACGACAUGGUCGCCUUGUUCCCCGAUGUCAUUGGUUGCAUGAACCUUCCGAGUCUGGAGAUAAAGAAGAUGUGCUUCCUGUUCCUGGUCAACUAUUCGAGGAUGAAGCCAGAUGUUGCGCUGAAAGCGUUGCCGAUUCUUGUCGAUGACAUGGACGAUACGAAUCCGCUCGUGCGCGCCUUGGCAUUGCGUACUAUCUCCUAUAUACAUGUUCGCGAGUUCGUCGAAGCAACUGUUCAGCCGGUGAAAAGGUUAAUGGGGGACAUGGAUCCUUAUGUUCGCAAGACCGCCGCCUUCUGCGUCUCGAAGCUCUACGAGCACGAUAAGAAGAUGGUGGAGAGCUCUGAUCUCAUUGACCGGCUCAAUAGUAUGCUCAAAGACGAGAAUCCAACUGUCGUAUCCAGUGUUCUCGCUGCUUUAACAGAUAUCUGGGGACGAAGCGAAUCAAUAUCUUUAGCUAUUGACUACGCGAGCGCAUCAAAGCUGGUCUCUAUUCUGCCAGAUUGCUCUGAAUGGGGUCAAACCUACAUCCUCGACGCCCUCAUGUCCUAUGUGCCUCAGGAUACAGCAGAAGCACUUCUACUCGCUGAACGAGUAGCUCCUCGUCUUUCCCACUCCAACUCUUCUGUUGUCCUUACGUCAAUCCGUGUCAUCCUCUACUUAAUGAAUUAUAUAUCCGACGAAAGGCACAUCACCUCCCUAUCGAAGAAAUUGUCUCCACCCCUCGUCACUCUUCUCUCCAAACCUCCAGAGGUACAAUACCUUGCGCUUCGAAAUGCCAUCCUCAUCCUACAAAAGAGACCUGAGGUUCUACGAAACGACAUCCGAGUCUUUUUCUGCAAUUACAAUGACCCUAUUUAUGUCAAAGUUACCAAACUCGAGCUGAUAUUCAUGCUGACGACGAAGGACAAUAUUUCCAUUGUCCUGGCGGAGCUGCGAGAGUAUGCAACCGAGAUCGAUGUUCAUUUCGUACGAAAAGCCGUACGUGCUAUUGGUAAACUGGCCAUCAAGAUUGAAUCUGCAGCACGGCAGUGCAUUGAUACUCUCCUUGAGCUGGUCAACGCCAAAAUUCCCUAUAUCGUGCAAGAGGCGACGGUUGUCAUUCGGAAUAUUUUCCGCAAGUACCCCAAUCAGUACGAAAGUAUCAUCACCAACGUCAUCCAAAACAUUGACGAACUGGAUGAGCCAGAGGCAAAGGCGGCUAUCAUCUGGAUUAUCGGACAAUACGCGGACCGCAUUGAGAAUUCCGACGGCUUGCUCCAGGAUUACCUAGCGACUUUCCACGACGAGACAAUCGAGGUGCAGCUUGCUCUACUAACCGCCACGGUGAAGCUUUUCAUCCAGCGUCCAACCAAGGGCCAGCAACUUGUACCACAGGUAUUGAAAUGGUGUACAGAAGAAACAGAUGACCCGGACCUGAGGGAUAGAGGUUACAUGUACUGGCGUCUUUUGUCAACGGACCCAGCCACCGCGAAGCAAGUUGUGAUGGGUCAGAAACCCCCAAUCAGCGCAGAAAGCGAGAAGUUGGAUUCUCGCACCUUGGAAGAACUUUGUCUAAACGUCGGCACGCUCGCAACCGUCUACCUAAAACCGGUCCAGCAAGUCUUCCGCUCCGCACGCACCCGACGUCUGCAGUACAGCCCUGCGUUGCAGAAACCGCGUGAUGAGAAUGGCAAUAGUAUAUGGCAGUUCCCAACCCCCACGGGCUCUGACGCGGAUCCUUCAGCGACCAACAGCCCCGUUGCCGGAAUCAGUAGCAUGAAUGCAGCCGUGAAUGCAGCAGACAUGUACUUCAGCGGUGUUGGGAAUCAGCAAAUGGCGGCACUUGAUCUCGGUGGCCGUGAAGAUGGCGGUGCUGGCGGAGGUGGAGCACCUCAGAUGCAGUACGUAGUCAACCAGAACCAGCAGCACGUGUAUCAAUCACAGAUGGCUGGAGGAGCGGCGACGGGCGAAUUGUUAUUGCUGUAG